AUGCCGAAAUCCAUCGCUCAAUCUCGACGCGAUGAAAAAUCCAACGAAUUAAAGGAUUUGAUUGAAAAGAAACGGGUCCAAAAGACAAAUCUCCUGCGAAACAGCAAAUCUGCCACCCGAGCAUUCAUUCUGUCCUUGUAUCUCCAAAAAAUUCCAGUUUUCGAGGCAUACAGCAAGUUUUGUGGGGUUCUCGGAGACGAAUUGAUGGAAUAUCGGGAAUUUGACUUGUGGUACUAUCAAAUUGGAAAUGGAGAUGCUGAUUUGGACUGUGAAAUGAGCUGGGAUCCAGAAAGCCGCGGUCUCUCCGAUAUGCCACUCGCAAUUGUUCACAAUAUUUUGGAAAAUAUUCCUCCACUGGAAAGAUUCGUUAUUCGUGAUGUCUCCUCGAAUCUGCGAUCUCUCUUCGACUAUCAUUAUCCUGUUAUCAAAAAAGUUACCAUGGAGGUGAACGACGGCGAAGCUCGCUUGAAGUUGAAUAAUCAAGAAAGUCUUCAACAAAAGUUUAGAAAAAGUGAUGAAGAUGAGGAUAGUAACUCAUAUUUGGAAAAUGCUAUGGAUCAAUUGGAGACUAUCACGACAAAUAAUAAAUUGGAAGAGUUCGAAUUAAGAUUUGGAAAUGAUCCGGACGAAAGAAAUCGGUGGGAGUUGAAUGGGAAAUUCCGAAUGAUGUUCUUAUUUUUGCGUGUUCAGUUAAACAGCGUCCGAAAAUUCUCGAUCGGAAUGUUAAAACCUCAUGAUGCGCAAUGGAUGUUCUUUCGCUUCAAGCCAAGAGUUCUCGAGGAAAUUGAAAUUCGACAUUUGACUGUCAAAGACACAGAAUUUGACGAUGAUGAAGUAUUUGAGGAAAAUAUGGAAAUUUACAAGCCGCUCACCGAGCUCGAGCACUGGCAGAAAGCGAAAAAAAGUCAAAAUCGGAGUGGAUGAUUCGAUUCAUUUUCCAAUUGAGACGUUGUCGCAUUUUUCGCAUUUCGAGAUUCGUUUGAAGAAAUUCACGAUUCAAGAUGCAGAGAAGAUCAGAGAUAUCGUCCAGAAUUCCCCUUCUUUUCAAUCCGGAAUCGUCAGAAGCCACAUCAAAAAGCCCUACCAAUUUGUGAAGAUUUUCAACCGAAACGUUGCACAACAAAGUGGCUCAAUCAUCUAUAAAACAAUGGGAUCUCGCUUCAAAAUCAAUUUUGGAUAUGACUCGUUUGAGAUUAAAAAAGAAAACAAUAAUUAA